UCCCUUCAUUGUUCCCUUCCCGUCAGAAGCCCCUGCAGCUGCAGGCGCCGGAGGAGGAGGCUGCCACCAGCCCGGUGUGAGCAGGCGAAGCGCCACACGCCCAGCCAGCUCCAGAGCGCAUCACCGGACCAGCCUUUGCUGGGCAAGCGGGGAUGGACUUGCAGCGCUCAGUCUGAGCUGCUCUGGCUCGUUCCGGGAUCUUAUUAGGAGAGGAAGAAGCAGAACUCAGCCGCCCGCCAAGAGAAUUAGCCUGAUUGCAAGGCACCUCCAGGAAGAGGACAUCUUCUUGCAGAGUCGCUUGCGGGAAGGAUCCCCCCGCCUUUCCAAGCAUCCCCUGCCUGGGCUCGCCCCUUGGGGGAGGAAAGAAUCGCGAUGAGCCGCUCGCCGCUCGCCUGGCUUUUGCUCUGUCUGAGCCUCGGGGGGCCACACAUCACCAAAGGGGAUGUGUGUGAUUCCAACCCCUGUGAAAAUGGUGGCAUCUGUUUGUCUGGGUUGCCUGAUGACUUCUUUUCUUGUGAAUGUCCCAGUGGCUUCACAGACCCGAACUGUUCUAGUGUUGUGGAGGUUGAAUCUGAUGAAGAGGAGCCAACUUCAGCAGGACCUUGCCUUCCAAAUCCUUGUCAUAAUGGGGGAACCUGUGAAAUUAGUGAAGCGUAUCGAGGGGACACAUUCAUAGGAUAUGUCUGUAAAUGUCCAAAGGGAUUUAAUGGAAUUCACUGCCAGCACAAUGUAAACGAAUGUGAAGUUGAACCUUGUAAAAAUGGUGGCAUUUGUACAGAUCUUGUUGCCAACUAUUCCUGUGAAUGCCCAGGGGAAUUUAUGGGAAGAAACUGCCAAUACCGAUGCUCUGGCCCCUUGGGAAUAGAAGGAGGAAUUGUAUCAAACCAACAAAUUACUGCAUCAUCCACUCAUCGGGCUCUUUUUGGGCUCCAGAAAUGGUAUCCAUACUAUGCACGACUUAAUAAGAAGGGUCUUGUAAAUGCUUGGACUGCUGCAGAAAAUGACAGAUGGCCAUGGAUUCAGAUCAACCUUCAAAGGAAGAUGAGAGUCACAGGAGUUAUAACCCAAGGUGCCAAGAGGAUUGGAAGCCCAGAAUAUAUAAAAUCUUACAAAAUUGCAUACAGUAAUGAUGGGAAAUCAUGGGUGGCAUACAAAGUAAAAGGCACCAAUGAAGAUAUGGUGUUCCAUGGAAAUGAGGACAACAACACUCCGUAUGCCAAUUCUUUCACACCUCCAAUAAAAUCACAGUACAUCCGAUUGUAUCCUCAGGUUUGCAGAAGACACUGUACUUUGAGAAUGGAACUUCUUGGCUGUGAAUUAUCAGGUUGUUCUGAGCCUCUGGGGAUGAAAUCAGGGCAUAUACAGGAUUAUCAGAUUACUGCCUCCAGCGUCUUCAGAACACUCAACAUGGACAUGUUCACUUGGGAACCUAGGAAAGCCCGGCUAGACAAGCAAGGCAAAGUGAAUGCCUGGACUUCAGGCCAUAGUGAUCAGUCACAGUGGUUGCAGAUUGAUCUCCUGGUUCCUACAAAAGUGACUGGCAUAAUUACUCAAGGAGCUAAAGAUUUUGGUCAUGUACAGUUUGUGGGCUCUUAUAAACUUGCUUAUAGUAAUGAUGGGGAGCACUGGACCAUCUACCAGGAUGAAAAACAAAAAAAGGACAAGGUUUUCCAGGGAAAUUUUGACAAUGACACACACAGAAAGAAUGUCAUUGACCCCCCAAUCUAUGCACGGCACAUAAGGAUCCUCCCUUGGUCAUGGUAUGGCAGGAUCACUUUACGGUCAGAGCUAUUGGGCUGCACAGAAGAGGACUGAAGAGGAUCUUUGGCAACACAAUUCUCUAUAUUCCUAAAGUAUCUCUGUAGAAGAAACUGUGCAAAACCUGUAGGAAGUUGAAUGGGUUUUUCAUGAAAAAGUGAUCACUUUUUGGUAGGCCCGCUGUCUUUUGUAAGGAGGUCUAAGCCUGCCCUUUAAAGAAUCCAACCAGAUUCUGCCCUUUCAAUCUGUUACAGUAUUGUCCCUUUCGCUGUGCAAUUAUCUUUUCUCAUUUUCUUCUGAGUUGUUCACACUAAUUGAAAUAUGUUAGGGGAAGAACAGCAGCAUGCUUUUUACAAGAAAGGAGAAACAGCGUGAAAAAGCUCAUUUGCAGCUUUAGAAACAUUGGGCUGACACAUUGUUUGCAAAUCACACUGUCAUCUUACUUGCAAAAAGAGAUACUGCAGCUUUUAGCAAUAAGUUUUCUCUGGGAUGACUGUGUUAUAUUGUUUCCCUCGUGCCUAUCAAACAUUGUCAGUAUUUAUGACACGGAUUUUGGAAGAUACUCUGUGGUAUAUAGUACUUGUGAUAUUGCAAACUACCUUUCAUUACUUUUAUUUAAACUACAGAGUCCAUGCAACUGCAUUUUGUUUCCACUCAGUUUACUUUGGAUUAUGCAUGCUGUUGACAUAGUCGCUGUCUCUUUUACAUUAAUCUAAUUGCCAGCAUUGUUUUCUUUAAAAGAGAUGACCCGUUUGUAUGUGGAACAAAAUCUUCUAGCAUAUUACGGAGUUAAUGUCUUUGUUGAAGCAAAGAUUAUUAAUUCAGUUUGCAAUUUUAUUUUUCAAGGAUGCUGAGAUUAGACACUGUUGACCAAAUUCAAGGCUUGAGUAUUUUUAGCAUGGACACAGGCGCACAUUUAUACUACAAAAACAGCGUUAAUAGAUGCUCCUGUUCUGACUUGCUUUGGGUGGGCAUGCAAUCGCCACAGAGCUGCCCAUGAGAUUACUUAUCUCAGAAGCCUCCUUAAUCUCAGUGAGGGAUGGUGCAUGUGGGAUCAGGAAGUAGAUACUGAUGCAGUAGGUUUACUUUUCCUAGCCCUGGCAUUGCCCUGGUAUGGUCCCUCCAUAGUGCUGGCCAAGAAGUUCCUGCAGACUGUGAAGUCAGUGGUGUCAGAGGAGCAUGUAAAAUGUUGGGCUCUUCAAAUUCCAUUCUGAUGGUAGCUUGUCAGUGAGCAAUGUGAGACCUGAAUUUGUCCCUGUUUGUUUGCUGUAUGUCAUUGUUGCCCCUUUUCGAUCAAGUGGCUCUUAAAAGUUCAGGGUCCCUGAGGAUGUUCCAGUUGAGAGGAGAAAUUGAUGGCGACUGAUACUUUCUUUGACACAGUCAUUCUCAUGUAAAAGGAGUGCACACAAUCUUGCUUCUUCAAAUGCAGGAGGAACCAGAAACAAAAGAAUAGUUUUGUUAGCUUACAACUCCAAGCCUCUUUAGCCAAAACCACACUCACAAAACUCUAGUUUUUUCCCCCUAGGGUCAUACACUGUGCUCACAGUUCGCUGCUUGGCAUUCUUCCAUUUUGUGUCUGUCUCUCACAGGUUUUGUUCUCUGAACUCCCUUCCCUCAUACACACACACGAGCGUGCACGCAUGCACUUCACCCAAACCAAUACUCACAUAGCCCUUUUAUCUUGGUGAGAAGGAGGGGUUGUAAUAAAUUUAUCCUUACAGGUUAUGCUAGUUGAAGGUUGAUUAACACCCAUCCACCUCCCUGGUUUAUUUAACUAAGCCCAUAUCAAUAUUUCAUUCAGCUCAUAAAAUUAUGCACAGAAUUACUUCCUUUUCUAGUCCCUCCAGACAUGUUACAUUGUUUUAGUAACAUCCUAGUCAGAUAGGAUCCAAUUCUGUAGUACCACU